AUGUUGUUGAAGGCCGUCACCAGAAAAUUCGUUCACGAAGACAGCGGCGGCGUUACAGCUCUCUGCGGGGCCGUAGAAGCCUGUCUCGGCCAGGGUCUGCGGAGGCGAGCGUUGGGCCUCUUCAAGACCAACUCGACUACUGCCUUGCUGCAUAAGAUCGCUAAGCACUGCCCAGAAGCAGCCCUAGUAUCCGCACGAGUGCUAUCAGCCGAGGGCGCUCCAGCGGUCCGUUCGGCCUCGGGCGUAGAACGACGGCCUUCAGCUCCUCGGCCUCCACUGAACAAACGAGGCUCCGGGUCUUUACUGUCGUCUUCACCACCACAACCAAGAUACCUCUGGAUCCGAAUAGCGUUGUUCGAGCGUCAACUCGCCAAAAUAAUCGAGCAUCUCGUGAGCAACGCUACCCGAUACUACGAACGAGACGCUUUGGUCGCCGAUCCUGACUUCGGGAGUAUUCUCAGCUCUUUGCUGGUGGGGCCCUGCGCCCUGGAGUAUUCUAAAGCGAAGGCUCCAGCUUGCUUCUGGACGGAUCCGCCGGCGGACGAGCUGGUUCAACGCCACAGGAUGUCAGCCGGUACGACCACGCCGCCCUCGGUGCGGCGGCCUAUCCUCAACUUCGGGAGGAGCCUCAACACAUCUUCGGACGACAGUGCCUCUGGGAACACUGGUGCAAUCAAUGCCGUUGGAUCGACAGCGAAGGACUACGUGGAGAGUUUGCACCAGAACUCCCGGGCGGCGCUCUUAUAUGGCAAGAACAAUGUACGCGUACAACCGAAAGACGUAGCGGAGCCCAUGCCGGGCUACCUGAGCCUUCACCAGACUGCUGCUGGUCUGAUCAUCAAGUGGACCCCUAACCAGCUCAUGAACGGGUACGCUGAGAGCGAAGGAGUUGAUAAAAGUUUCCGCUGUCACAUUGUGCAUGCGUCCGCCUGCCCUCACACGUGUCUCAUGUGCAGCCCUGCGCCCUGCUCAGUAUACAGGCGCCUUUGCUCUGGCCCUUUGUGCAUUGACUGCGUGUACUGGGCGAUGUCGCUGCAAGUGUGCGUGUGGGAGGUGGUAUACGUCCACGUGCAUCGCGCUCCCGGCGCCGACGCGCUUAUACUCGUAGGCCAAGAUGGCGUGCAACGCCCGCCCAUACACUUCCCUAAAGGUGGUCAUCUUCUCUCAUUCCUGAGCAACUUAGAAACUGGACUGUUGCCACAUGGGCAACUCGAUCCUCCACUCUGGUCACAAAGAGGAGCUGGAAAGGUAUUUGGGCGUGGCAAAGGCCGCCGACGCCCGAUGCCAAGCCUGUGCGAGAGCGGAGAGACUGAUGAAACUGAAUGGGAAGAGGCGGCUGGAGACUACGUCUUCCGAAUUGUCAACAAUGCUAUAGCGGAUCGGGAAGCGAUGCGUCACUCACUCCUAGAGCGUUCCGUGCAAUCCCCACCGCGCACACCUCGACGCCCUCUCGCGUCCACUUCCACAACAUCAUCGGAUUCAAGCACCAUGUCUGUGGACUGUCCGCCAUCCGCUGGGCUCAAUGGACACCCGCCGGCGUUGAUACAGCAUCACCCCGUAGAACAGUCAGCGUCAAUCGAGCUAGUAUGCAGCACAAUGCGUCGACAGAUCAUCUCCCGCGCAUUCUACGGGUGGUUGGCGUACUGCAGGCAUCUUUCGACCGUGCGCACACAUUUGAGCGGCUUAGUUCAUCCUAAUAUUAUACCCAGCGAGGGUGCUGAAGGCGGUCUUACAGAGGAAAGAUGGAGGGCCAUGACGGAUGAGCGCGGUGCCGUCAGCGAUAAAGAUGAAGUGUAUCGACUGGUAUACUAUGGUGGUGUGCAACACGACAUACGCCGGGAAGUGUGGCCGUAUCUACUUGGAUAUUAUGAAUUUGGCUCAACAACAGAAGAGCGCGCAGAACAAGACGCAGCCUGCCGCCGACAAUACGAGACUGUGAUGUCAGAGUGGCUCUGCGUGGAAGCCAUCGUGAGGCAGCGGGACCGAGAAGCUACAGCUGCUUCUAUAGCCAGGCUGAGUGAGGCUUCUGGCAGGCUGAAGCCGGUUGAGAAUGCAUCGCCAAGCGAGGUGUUUGAAGACGACUGCAGCAUUAUAUCUGACAACCCACCAGUUGUUUCACCGGAACCAAACGAAAUCGAACAAAAGAAGCCAGAAUCAAAACCGGUUCUGUCAAGAGCGCCAAGCAUAGACGAAGUAGACAACAUAGAGAUGGAUUCAGAAGACAAAGAGAAUAUAAACGGAGAGACUGAGAAGGGUGAUAGUAGGGAUGUAGAUUUAGACAGUCUUAAAGACUUAGAUGAAGAGGAGGAAGUACACAUUAAGAGUACAGUUGAGAAUCCUGAUAUGAGAAGGGAGAGCAUAGCUGAGAUAAAGAGGUUGGCUGAAGGCAUAGUGCAGACGGGCAGCGGACGAGGGCCGUUGUGUAGCGUGGAUAGUGCGAACAUAAAUCUAAACGGGAACGAAUUGAGGUCAUCGUUGGACGAGAGUGUGCCAGUAGCUCCGCCGCCACCGCAGCAGCAGCAUACAAGUGUGAUUAUUACGAAUCCAUCAGUUGAUCUGGCAGCGGGCGGGUCACCUGCGUCAGGAGGAACCACUGCGAACAUGAGCCCAGCACGCAGUCCGCUCGGCGUGGUGCGUGAGGAGUCCACGUCAGCUGGCGCGUCCUUCGACACCUUGGAACCUUCCAAUGAUCCCAGACCAGAGAACAGGUCUAACUGUGUGUCGCCGGCAAGCUCCAAUGGCGGUGUUUACUCAAAUGAGUUGGUGGAAAGUUUUGCUUUGAACUUGCACCGCAUUGAGAAAGACGUGCAGAGGUGCGACAGGAACUAUCCGUUCUUCACAGACGAGAACCUGGACAAGCUCAGGAAUAUUAUGUGCACGUACGUCUGGGAGCACCUAGAAAUGGGUUACAUGCAGGGCAUGUGUGACUUGGCAGCACCACUCCUCGUGAUGAUGAGGGAGGAGGGCGCCGCACACGCUCUGUUCGCGGCCCUCAUGACUCGCGCCAAGGAUAACUUCCCAUCUGGGCAGGCUAUGGAUGCGCACUUUGCGGACAUGAGGUCUCUGAUCCAGAUCCUGGAUUGCGAGCUGUAUGAGCUGAUGCACGCCCACGGCGACUACACACACUUCUACUUCUGCUACCGCUGGUUCCUGCUUGAUUUCAAGCGCGAGUUACUCUAUCAAGAUGUGUUUGCUGCAUGGGAGUUGAUUUGGGCAGCGCGGCACGUGGCCUCUGAACAUAUGGUGCUGUUCCUAGCAUUGGCUCUUCUGGAGACCUACAGAGACGUCAUUUUGGCUAACACCAUGGACUUUACGGAUAUCAUCAAGUUUUUCAAUGAAAUGGCGGAACGGCACGACGCCUCAGCAGUGCUGUCUCUCGCAAGGGACCUUGUGCUGCAAGUUCAAACCUUGAUAGAGAACAAAUAAACUGUAGGUAUCUAACAAUAAUACUUAUCACGACUCUACUUAGGCAUAUGGAUCAUCGAAAGUAGGGAAUUAUUUUGGAUAAAGAUAAUGUACUUAUUUAAGUUGAUUUAAAAAAUCCUACUUAUGAUCGACUGGUGCCUGUAUACGGCUACUUCUCAAAGCUUUAUUUGUAUGAUUUAAUAAGAAAAUGUAUGUAUCGCAUGCAAAGAUAUAUUAUGUUGUUUGAAAAUGGAUCGGUAGAUAUACAUUAUAACUUGUGAUCUGCCGUCAAGGAAAGGAGUAGGUACCUAUAUCUUAAAUAUGUUAUUUAUCAACUUGGCAAAAAAGCAGCUCACUGUAGGUACUUAGCAUCGUAAAUUAGCAUUAUUUUUGUACCUAGUUCCUUUAACACCGUUCUGCAAUUACGAUGACCUAAAUUCAUAAUUCCUAAAACAUUAUAAUCAUAAUCAUAAUUUUUAUUUGCUUUUAAAAAGGUGUUACAUAAUUUUUGUGUCCCAACUUUUUAGCCGGUUUUGACAGCAUGCAAAAUAUACUACCUACUAACUAAAAUUACAUUCAAUUCCCUUAAUUACUUACGUAUUAAACUAUUCUAUUAUAAUAAGUAUGCAUAUACACGGUGUUAAGUACAUGAGGAAACCGAUUAAUUUGAACAACGUAUUCCUCAUCAUUUUAGAAGAUUAAAAUGUCAUAUAAACUUGAUUUCGCCUACUUUCAUAGUUAUAAGCAUUAACAAUUAUUAUUUCUAAGAACAAAACACUGUUUUGAUCGUAUCCUCGUUGUUAAAUAUCAAAAAGUAACUAAUGACUCAUUGCACAAAAGUAUUUUUUUAGAAAAGCAUUUACUUCUGUGAAUAUACAUCCAACAUACCUAAAAAAUACACAAAAAAAAAUAUUUUGGCGAAAUGUGUUGACGUCAUAUAACAUUUAUAUUUAUUUUGCCCUCAGAAAUGCGUAGUUAAGUUAAAUCUUUCAGUUUCCUCAUGCUACACCGUGUAUAAUUAUAUAUAUAAAUCAGAGUGUUGACACUCAAUCGUAAUGUAACAAUUACAAAACGAUCAUUAUUUUGGUACAUUUUACUCGUAGCAAACGAGAAUGCUAAGUUAGGCAAAUCGUCUAUUAAAUAAAGUAAGCCAACUUAUUUGUUAGAUAUAAUCCAGUUGAAUUAAUGUCAGAUUGAAUAAGACAUGCUCACUUUUAUAUGUACUGAAUUUAUAUUAGUAACUCAAAAAAUACGAAUAUUUACGUAUUUUUUUAUUUAUUGCAGACGAUAAAUAUAAUAAUAUUUCAGAAUCUUAUGAAACAUAAAUAAUAAAUAAUUAUAUUCAUUACCAAUUUAGGUUCUACCUACUAAGUACAUUUAUAUACGUCGUUUAUAAUAGCCAAUAGUUGGCAGGAAGCUGCAUAGGAUCGGGAUAAUUGGCGUGAUCUCGUUUUGAAGGCUAAGGACCUCUUUGGAUAGCAGAGCCAUAUUUAGUUAUAGUUUCAGUUACUUUUCAAUUACAUACCAUCAUCAUCAUCAUCAUAUCAGCCGAAAGACGUCCACUGCUGGACAUAGGCCUCCCCCAAAGAUUGCCACAAUGACCUGUCCUGCGCAUUACAUACCAAUUCAAACCAAAAACAAUAAACAUGAAUGAGGAAAACGCGAGAAUUUUACUUAUUUCAUUCAUGAAAUUAAUAGGAAGUGUUUUGAUAACAUACACAUUACACAUACACUACUAGAGGGGUUCCUCGAAUUUGUACUACAUAAUAUUUACUCAUUGCUUGUAGUAAAGGAAUCCCCGGUAUUGUAGAUAAAAACAUUCUUUAGUUACUACACGGUUCAGUGCCUACGUUAGGUAGUGCGCAAGCGGUCGCGCUUAAUCCAUCAAGAUGUAUGUCCGUACAAUCGAGAAUAUUCGGAAUAUUUGGAGUUAUAGCAGAAUUUUCCUAACACAAUUGAUGUAAAGAAUGCUCAGUAAAGUAAUAAUUGAUUUGAAACGUUGAAAACAUAAUAUAAAUAAUUUCCGAAAAAAUAGAAUGCUAUUGGAAUGCCCCUAUUAAUAUA